CAAAUUAAUUUCAGCCUCAAUGCAUACCAUCGGAAACCUUUUCAGCAUUCCAAUCCAUUUCGCAGCCCAUUGAUUAAGAUUCUCUUCUUCCUCUACAACAAGAAGAAAAAUGGCCGUUACUUGCUUUUCCCAGGAGCUGACAACCUCAGUUGCUCCAUCGAGGAUGUUCAAGGCUCUCGUCCUCGACUCCCACAACCUCAUCCCCAAGAUCGCCCCUCAGGGUAUUAAGAGCAUUGAGUUCGUUGAAGGAGACGGUGGUGCUGGAAGCAUCAAGCAGACCAACUUUGCAGAUGGAAGCCACUUGAAAUGGUUGAAGCACAGGAUAGAUGCAGUUGAUGCAGAGAAGCUUGUAUGCAAGUACACUCUUAUCGAGAGCGACAUUGCAUUCGACAAGAUCGAGUCGGUGGUGUACGAGGUGAAAUUCGAAGCUUCGAGUGAUAGUGGGUGUGUUUGCAAGAUGACGAGUGAGUACCAUGUGAAGGCUGGUGCAGAGCUGAAGGAGGAGGACAUCAAGCAGGGAAAGGAAAAGGCUAUGGGGCUCUACAAAGUUGUCAAGGAAUACCUUCUAGCAAACCCCGAAGCCUAUGCUUAAACGAGCAUCUUUCCAGUUUGUUUGCUCGAAAUUGUGUCAUGUUUUGUCUUCUGUUUCUUUUUUUCUCCCUUUUUUGAUGUUCUCAAUAUCUGUUACCUAAUACUUCAUAUACAUGUGUGGAAGAGCUUGUUCAAUAAGAAAAAUCUGUGGGCGAGAGAAUAUGUUCGUCCGGCAUCCUCACACUGCUCCAAAAGAAUCUGCACCUUUUCUAGUUUCUAGUGUGUGAGUCGUUGGAUGCUAAUUCUUAUCUUCAGGUUUCACCUCGAAUCCUCUGUUCGUGAAUUUUAUUUCUAUCCUCUAGCCACCGGUUCAAGUGACUUCAUAUAUGAUGAAAUACGGAAACUG